AUGAGUGCUAUGUAUGAUGAUCAAUACUAUGCAGCUUCACGCCGCCGCUCACUCGCAACCCCUCCGCCAUCGUUGACACCCCGUCACAGCCGAGCACGCAGUGAUAGCGUCCGAGUCAGUCACGGCACAGCCAGCACCCACACCAGUUUCUCGAGUGGACGGAUGUCCGAGGCAACCAAUAUCACCCAGCCGCCCUCCUUCUCAAAAAAGUUUGUAGUGGUGGGCGAUGGCGGAUGUGGCAAGACCUGUCUAUUGAUCAGCUAUUCCCAAGGUUACUUCCCAGAGAAAUAUGUCCCCACAGUCUUUGAAAACUACAUCACUCAAACAACGCAUCGGGCUUCCGGCAAGACCGUCGAAUUAGCGCUCUGGGAUACUGCUGGACAGGAGGAAUAUGACCGUUUGCGCCCACUGUCCUACCCGGAGACUGAUCUUCUGUUUGUCUGCUUUGCUAUUGAUUGUCCUGCUUCAUUGGAGAACGUUGUUGACAAGUGGUACCCCGAGGUUCUGCACUUCUGUCCCACUACACCGAUUAUCCUUGUUGGCCUCAAGUCCGAUCUGCGCAACAAGCGAACCUGCGUCGAGCUCCUCAAGACGCAGGGUCUGACGCCUAUCACACCAGAGCAAGGCGAGAACGUCGCCCAACGAAUGGGUGCAACGUAUGCCGAAUGCAGCAGCAAGGAGAUGCGCGGUGUGGACGAGGUCUUCGCAAAGGCCGUUGAUGAAGCUAUCUCAAUUGAGGAGCAGGGAUGGUCAGCUCAGCAACCGGCCAAUCGCGCUGGCCGUAACAGCCGCUCCGGUGCUACGCCUUCAGGAGGCGGAGGCCCUCGUCCUGGCAAGAGGAUCAAGAAGCGAACUUGCAAGAUCCUGUAG